GAACUUCAGUGCCGCAAAAAGGCGAAAGCCUGAAGGCGAUCACGUAAGCAAAGGCGGCUUUCGGUCUUCCCGUCGCGUUCUCUCUCACCCAGUCGCAAUUCCCACCCCCUCAUCCACGUCCGCCGCUGUGUUCCCACUCCACCGUAACCACCCAGGACCCUCACAGCACCUCAGACCUCACAGCCCACGGACAGAUCGGCCUAUCAAGCGAAACGGCUGCUGGCUACAAAGCGCGUCCAAGUCUUCCCAUCGCGUAACUCGAGAGUACAGAAGGAACAGAACAUUUACACUUCAACAUGUCCGAAGUCGAAGAAACAAUCAAACGCCUCUCCUCCCACAAAGGCGUCGAAGGCGUCGUAAUCGUCAACAUGGAAGGAAUCCCCAUCCGCACGACGCUGGACAACGACAAGACGGUGCAGUAUGCCGCUUUGAUCACCCAGCUGGCGGCAAAGGCAAGGAGUGUGGUUAGGGAUUUGGAUCCGCAGAAUGAUCUGAGCUUUUUGAGGAUACGAUCAAAGAAACAUGAGAUUAUGGUUGCGCCAGAUAAAGAGUAUAUUCUGAUAGUGCUACAGAAUCCGCACAAUCAAUGACCGCACUGCAGUCACAAUGGAAUCUAAGCAACAAGAAACAUGUAUAAGGGUUAUCUUGGCGGCAAAAGAAAGUGUUAGGAGCGUGUACAUAUACACGACUUGGGUUACUCGCCAUGCCGAUUGUUGUCAAACCACGGGCUUAGUAUGUUGGGUGGAAGACUGGGUGGACGACUUUGCUUUUCCGACGGCGGUUUGUUAACUCUUUUGGCUUUGAGCGUUGAUGUAUAGUACGAAAUAUCACAUGAAACCGAAG